CCCGUCAAAAAAAUGUCGGGCGGUAAUCCAGGUAAGUCCUCCCACCAUAGCUCCGCCUUGGCUCUGCCGGACAGUCAACUCGUCAGAUAGUUAUGUUUCGAGCCGCAGCGCGCAUGUGACCGGUCCGCCCAUUACGAUGAAGUGUUUGUGCCUGUUAGUGCUUUUUCUGUGUUUGCGGUGCGAAUGUGCCGUCAGCAAGCCGCGCAGAGGACGCGGCAGCAUGUGGUGGGGUAUAGCGAAAGCAGGGGAACCAAAUAAUCUAUCACCACUAUCGCCUGGAGUUCUGUAUAUGGACCCAGCAGUACAUGCGACGCUGAGGCGGAAGCAAAGAAGAUUAGCAAGAGAAAAUCCUGGGGUUCUAGCAGCAGUUGCUAAAGGAGCAAACAUGGCGGUAACAGAAUGCCAACACCAGUUUAAGUACAGAAGGUGGAACUGCUCCACCAGAAAUUUCUUGAGAGGGAAGAACCUAUUCGGCAAAAUUGUAGAUAGAGGGUGUCGAGAAACAGCCUUUAUUUACGGGAUCACCAGCGCGGGUGUAACACAUGCAGUAUCACGAGCAUGCGCCGAAGGUUCCAUAGAAUCUUGCACGUGUGAUUAUUCACACGUUGACCGCGCCCCCCACCGCUCAAGAGCUGCUGCUGCCGCCAACGUUCGCGUCUGGAAAUGGGGGGGAUGCAGUGAUAACAUUGGCUAUGGUUUCAAGUUCAGCAGGGAAUUUGUUGACACUGGCGAGAGAGGCAAAACUUUAAGAGAGAAAAUGAAUCUACAUAACAACGAGGCUGGGAGAAUGCACGUGCAAACGGAGAUGCGGCAGGAAUGCAAAUGCCACGGAAUGUCAGGCUCGUGCACGGUUAAGACCUGUUGGAUGCGGCUGCCAAGUUUCCGUUCAGUCGGCGACUCAUUGAAAGACCGCUUCGACGGGGCAUCGCGAGUGAUGGUAUCUAACACGGACCUUGAAACAACCGUGCAACGAAACGACGCAGCCCCACACAGAGUUCCUCGCAGGGAUCGAUACAGAUUCCAACUGCGACCGCACAAUCCCGAUCACAAAUCACCGGGAGUCAAAGACCUCGUCUACUUGGAAUCGUCGCCUGGUUUCUGCGAAAAGAAUCCUCGCCUGGGUAUACCCGGCACCCACGGGCGUACUUGCAACGACACUAGUAUCGGAGUGGACGGCUGCGACCUCAUGUGCUGCGGCCGCGGUUACCGGACUGACACCAUGUUCGUAGUGGAACGGUGUAAUUGUACAUUCCAUUGGUGUUGUGAAGUGAAAUGCAAAUUGUGUCGCACGGAAAAAGUGGUACACACAUGUUUAUAGGUACGUUAAUCACGAGUCACGUGUAAAUGAACACUUAGUGCCUCCAGCCAGUGACUCUAAAAAAACUUACGUACAGAGACUGAUCGUUUGACUUAUGUAAAUAACUGUUUGUAACGGAAUAAUUUCAAUUUAUACGGUAUGAAAUUUAAAUAUCCGAGAAAAUUUCUCAACAAAUAAUGUGAUCUAGUAUUUUUACACUGACGUUCAGAGACUAAUGAGACCAGUUUAGUGCGAUUUAUAUAUUUAAAUUUUGUCAUCUAUUUACAAUGUUCGGACUGGACUUAUUGGUGUCCUAACAUGGUGAGCGCUUUACUUGAGUAACUGUUAAUCGAAUUGAUAACUUUAAGACUACUUUAAAUGGUAUUUAUUAAUAUCAUUUUAAAGUUUUUAAUUUAUUCCUAAUGUUAUGUUAU